CUCCGGUCACACUGAUAAAAACAACGCGAGGAUAUUACAAAAUAACAUUUUAAGACAAUUAUAAUAACAAAACAAUAAUAAUUGACGUCACCAGCGAGAGGACAACGGAGAGCACAACGCAAUGCCGUCGAGAACGAGUGCAAGUACCGCCAAAGCCAAGGAGGACUCCCUUAGUCCCCGGAAAACGGUCAGCGGGCCACGGAGCAAGCGAAUUGCCCUAAACAGCCGCAAUCGAAGUCUUGGUGGUGAAAAAAAACCCAUAGCUGCACAACCGCAGCGCGCAUUCCCGCCAAAAUCCGAGUAUGAGAAGUUUUACGAAUCGGUGUUCCUGGCGGAGGAAUCCCAGGCGGAGGAAGAAGAGACUACGGAUUGUCCAAAGCCAGGGCCGCGCUCAAAGCGACCAUUGCAUGCCCUUCUAAGCGAUGAUCAAUCCCAGACGGAAACUGCGCGACCUGCUAAGAUUCCCGCCCUGAAAAAAACCACUGAGUCAGUGGAUCGAGUCAAUGGCAUUUCCCCAAAGCCCAAAGGCAAAGCCCGUCAAUUCGAGGAUUACUACACUAAAACGGAACGGCAUGUCUGGAAAAAGGAUGCAGAGCAAAUGUUAUUGCAGCUGUGGGCGCAAAACUUAAAGGAGAUCCGCGGAGAAUCAAAGAAUGUCCCUAUCUACCGAAAAAUGGCUGAACAGAUGUCCCAGUUUGGGCCAAGCCAUACGGAGAUCAAAACGAAAAUCGACAAUAUGUCGCGAAAGUAUCGUAUAGAAGCUGAGAAAGUCCGGGAAACCGGAGUUCCUUCUAAGUGGGACUACUUCCACAAGCUUCAAGCACUCCUAAUUGGCACCAAAUCCGUUGAUGUCUUUGAAGACAUUAUGCACGACAAUCCAGCUGAGACCAUAAACUACGGCCAGGAUGCGGAAUUUGAGGACGAAGAAAUGAGUUUGAUGAAAGAUGAAUCGAUGGUUGAUGACCAAAAGGAUGAAUCUGAAAGUGAAUUGUGUGCCAAGGAAAGCAUCAGAAGAGUGCGGGCUCCUCCCUCUCCAAUUAUCCCCGACUUCCAGGAUGAAGUGGACGAAGAGCAGAUGGAAGAAACAGCUCCAUUGCCUGUUCCCAAAUAUCACACUAAAAGAAAGAUGCCGAUUAGCCAUUCGAAUAGACUCCUUCAAAUAGAAGAGGAGAAACUGAUGAUCGAGCGUGAAAAGCUGCAGGUUAUGAAGGAAGCGCUUCUUGAGCUAAACUCAUUCCACAAAGACAUAGUUAAUUUGUUUAAGUACAAAAAUCAGUGAAAUAAACAUUAAGUGUUAUAGCCGGAAAUGUUUUGUGCUCUCUAAACAAAAUUCAAAAUUUAAAGAUGUCGACAUUCUGAGUUUUUUUGUAAUUCAUCGGUUUGAACAUAUUUUGAUAAAGUUUAAAAAUCGAAUAACUAUGUCUUAUACCGAUCUGAAAACAUUUGAAUUAUUUUUACUAUUUUUGUUUUUAGAUUUGCUGUGUAUGUGCAAGUAU